CGUGGGCAACGUGGGGCUGGAAAUUCACGAUCCACCUCAACCAAGAAAAUCCCGGUGAUGAAAGGCCGCCGUUUCGUCAAGGCUGAAGGUCGGAAAGUUGAUCGGAGUAACUUAGGAAAUAUUCCGCUCGUCAACACAACUAGCAAAACAUCCACCUCCAAAUCAACGGGAUUCGCUGUCCCAAAGUGUUUGUUUACGAACAUUUGUAGCUUGUCGAAAACAAAGAAUCGUGUACGAGCACCGGUGGCGCUUGAGGCUGACCUGAGAUCUCAGGACAUUGAUGUUUGUGUUGUCAGCGAAACUCGUCUUUCCACCAAUAUGCCGGACGCCGUGGUGAAUAUCCCAAAUUACAAGGUGUUCAGGCGGGACAGAGGUUGGGCAGACUUGGACAAAAGGAAAAAAGGGGGUGUUGCGGAUGUGAGAUACAGUCUUAAAGUCCUGGAUGUUUACCGGUCCAAUUUAUACGAGUUUAUUGCUUUGACAGUGCUGUUGCCGUCCGAUCACAUUAUGCUAAUUUGUGGCCUGUAUAACCCUACCAAGCAUAGCUACCGGUAUAUAGACUUGAUGAACUAUAUAAUCUUCUUUGUGGACUUUGUUUUGAACAAACACCCAGAAGCGAAUAUUGUUUGCGGUGGCGAUGUAAAUCGUCUGGACAUGCAAGAAUUUAAGGCUUUGUUUGGCUGGGAUUUCAUGGUUGAUUUCCCUACGCGAGGUAACGCGUGCUUGGAUAACUGUCUGACUAACCGAGCGGAUCUG